AUGGAAUCAGCUUACACGGAGGCACUCGAUGAUAGAGAAUAUAAGGAGAAUUUAUUGAAUAAUUUAUUAAAAAAUCCAGAAGGUAAUCGACGAAUUUUGUCGAUACAAAGUCAUGUUGUACAUGGUUAUGUUGGCAAUAAAUGUUGUGUUUUUCCAUUACAGUUACAUGGAUACGAUGUGGAUGCUAUCAACUCAGUUCAAUUUUCCAAUCAUGCAGGUAUAUUGUUCAAAAAUGUUGGUAAGCUUUUAUCACAGUGGUUCACAACUUUUUUGUCUUAUGAUACAUCUGGGGAACUUACUCACCUACUCGACUUCAUGCUUCCAUACCCUGUCAGAAGUCACUUUUCUAGUAAAGAAAUUAGAUUAUGGACUCAAAAAUGA